AUGUCAGGUACACCUUCAAAGAGACGUAAGAAGAAUGAUGGUCAGCCCGCACGAGGCCUCGACUUCUUCUUCGGCAAGCAAGCACAGGCGAAACAGCAACCCAAGGACGACCCAAAACUCGAAGCAGACACGAAGAACGAGGACCUCGAUCACGAUGUCCUCUCCGACGAGGCCUUAGCCAGAAAGCUACAGGCAGAGUGGGACGAACAAGACCGAGCAUCGCAAGCUCCUGCAUCUUCACCUCCAGGACCCGUGGCCACAACCGAAGCAGCGCCAGCACUACCUGAACACAUCAAGCAAGAGUCGAAUAUCAAGGAGGAGACACCUACACCAGUACUAGCUCCAACUCCAGUCGCCGUGAACCCCUUUGCAGGACUGGGAAAGAAGAACACGUUGUCGCUCCAAUCAGCUACCGCCGACGACGAUACCACAACCUACGACAUCCCCUUCGAUCAAAGCCCCCUAGCUUUUGACCCGCAAAAGUACAUCCCGGAUCUGAAGAAGCAAUGGGUAGCUGAUGGUGGCAAUGCUACAUACGCUCUGCUCACCCACUGCUUCGUUAUGGUCAACAGCACAGCAAGUCGCAUCAAGAUUGUCGAUACACUGGUAAAUACAUUGCGCGUCAUCAUAGAAGGAGAUCCUCAGAGUCUGUUACCUGCAGUAUGGCUUGCUACCAACUCAAUCUCACCACCAUAUAUCGACAUGGAACUCGGACUUGGAGGCUCUGCCAUUUCCAAAGCUCUGAAGAAAGUUUGUGGGUUGGAUAACGCUGGAUUGAAAAAGUUGUCGGAUAAAUACGGUGAUGCUGGCGAUGUCGCGUUUGAAGCGAAAAAGCGACAAAGCUUGACACUAAGGAAGCCCAAACCUUUGACUAUAAAAGCCGUGUUCGACUCCUUGGUAAAGAUCUCCAUGGCAAAGGGUCAUGGUAGUGUCGAAACCAAGCAGCGACUUGUAGAAAGACUCGUUCAGGAUUCAAGAGGAGCCGAAGAAAGUAGAUAUGUCGUUCGCACUUUGGUGCAGCAUCUUCGCAUUGGUGCCGUCAAGACGACUAUGCUCAUAGCCUUAUCUCGAGCUUUCUUGCUGUCAAAGCCACCUGGAGCUGAGUUCGCGACUCGUGAUAGGCAUGAGCUGGCCAAGCUGUCAAAGCAACAAUUGGUCGAAGUUUGGGCUCCUGCUGAGGAGAUCGUCAAAGCGUGUUUCGCUCGUCGUCCCAACUACAACGAUCUGGUACCCACACUGCUCGAGAUCGGCGUUACAGAAGAGCUUCUACUCCGAUGUGGUCUUGCUAUGCACAUUCCGCUUCGACCUAUGUUGGGAGGUAUCACUAGAGAUUUGGGCGAAAUGCUGACGAAACUCACCGGUCGCGAGUUCACCUGCGAGUACAAAUAUGAUGGUCAGCGAGCACAAGUCCACUGCGACGCUUCCGGCAAAGUAACAAUUUUCUCCCGCCAUCUCGAAGUGAUGACAGAUAAAUAUCCUGACCUCGUCGCCUUGGUGCCAAAGAUCCGCGGCGAAGGCGUACAAUCUUUUAUCCUUGAAGGCGAAGUUGUCGCCGUGGAUCGGGACACUGGCGAUCUUCUUCCCUUCCAAGUCCUUUCCAAUCGCGCAAGGAAGGAUGUAGACAUUUCCACUGUCAAGGUGGACGUUUGUCUCUUCUCCUUCGACUUGAUGUAUUUGAAUGGCGAGGGUCUGAUGGACAGACCCUUCCGCGAGCGAAGGUCACUGUUACGAAGUUUGUUCGUCGAGCUUCCACACCAUUUCACCUGGGUCAAGAGUAUAGAUGCGACGUCGGCUGACAUCGAGGUGAUAUCUGACUUCUACAAACAAGCACUGAGCGACAAAUGCGAAGGCUUCAUGGCAAAAGUCCUCGACAAUCUUCCGAACCCAGACCUCUUGGACGCCAUGAAUGAAGACGGCACGCCGAAACCACCACCGACGCCUUCGAAACGUAAGCGCAGUACGAAACCGAAGCCAGGAGAUCCACCUUCCUCUCCGCCUCCAGAAUCCGAACCUGGAGUGAAAAAGGGCGGACGAAGGAAAGCACUUCUCGCGACCUACGAACCAGACAAGCGACUAGAUUCGUGGCUGAAAGUGAAGAAAGACUACGAUUCAUCUGCUUCGGACACCAUCGAUCUCAUUCCUGUGGCGGCCUGGCACGGUACAGGCAGAAAAUGCAACUGGUGGUCUCCUAUCCUGUUAGCUUGUCGGAACCCCGAGACUGGAGGCUUGGAGGCAGUAACAAAAUGUAUGGCCGGCUUCAGCGAUGCAUUCUACAAAGCCAACAGAGCGAAAUACGACCCUGAUGCUGGCAAGAACAACACUCUUAGCGGCCAGCCACCAUACGUGGAAUACAGCGGUGGACACCCGGCUGUUUGGUUCAACCCACAAGAAGUCUGGGAGUGCGCGUUCGCCGACGUGACAUUGUCGCCAACCUACACCGCAGCCAUCGGUUUGGUAUCCGAAUCAAGAGGCUUGAGUCUGAGGUUCCCCAGAUUUCUCAAAGUCAGAGAAGAUAAGAGCAUUGAUGAAGCAAGUACGAGCGACUUCCUGGCUGAGCUGUAUAGAAAGCAGGAAGCCAGAGGCGCAAAGGAAAAGAAAGAAGCAGAUAUUGACGAGGAAGAGAUGUGA